AUGGAUCCUAGUGUUGAAAACAACGUGAAGGCCGUGAGAAGGAGUAAAGAAGAGAAGAAAGUUCUUCGAAAACAGAUCAAAGCCAGUCACACUUUGCUGAAACAUGAAGGCAUCAGUACAACAUCGCAGCCCACCAAGAGUUUGGUGGUGGCUAAUGGCGGCUUGGGGAACGGUGUCAGUCGAGAGGAGCUGUCUGCAGCACUCAAAGAGAUGGGAGAGCUGGAGGCGCUGAUCAUGCACCCUCACAAGCCCUAUGCUUUCGUCACAUACAGAUCUGAAGAGUGUGCUCGGAAAGCCCACACCCACCUCAAUGGGGAAAAGCUGCAAUGUGGAGACAGCAUUGUCACACUCUACCUCAGUUAUGUCCACUCAGUAACCUGUGAAGAGGAGGCAUCUGUGUCUUUGCCAGAGGGAUUAAUCUUGGUGGAAGAUUUUGUUUCUCCAGAGGAAGAGGUUUUACUGCUUGAAGCCAUUGACUGGUCGUCUACUAAUGAUGUUAUUGCUCAGAAAGCUCUGAAGCACAGAAGAGUCAAACAUUAUGGCUUUGAAUUUCGCUAUGACAACAACAAUGUGGAUAAGGACAAGCCAUUACCUGCAGGUAUUCCUCAUGAGUGUCUACCUGUUUUGGAGCGGUGUGUGAAGAACAAACACAUCAACAUCAUGCCAGACCAGCUGACUGUCAACCAGUACGAGUCUGGACAGGGUAUUCCUCCUCACGUGGACACUCACUCUGCUUUCGAGGACACCAUCCUGUCACUGAGCCUGGGGGCGCAGACGGUGAUGGAGUUCCGUCACCCUGAUGGUCGUCUUGUUGCCGUGGUGUUGCCUGGACGGAGCCUCCUGGUGAUGAAGGGAGAGAGCAGAUACCUCUGGACACAUGGGAUUACACCUCGGAAAUUUGACAUGGUACCAGCCUGCGACCCACAAUCCCCUGCCCAUAAAACGCCUGACCUCGGGACCCACAGCAAUCUCACUUUGAGCAAGCGUGGCACCCGCACUUCAUUCACUUUUCGCAAGAUCAGACAUGAACCUUGCCGCUGUGCCUUCCCCUCUGCCUGUGACAGUCAGAGAGCUCCCUCAGCACCCUCGGCCUCCCCGCCGUCUCCCCCCUCGCUACCCUGUUGCCAUGCCGACGCAGCACAUCUGGAGGAGGAGUACGUGCACCGAGUGUACGACGCCAUCGCCUCGCACUUCAGCAGCACUCGCCACUCCCCCUGGCCUCGCGUUUGCCGCUUCCUGUCCUCGCUCCCGCCUGGCAGCGUGCUGGCUGAUGUGGGCUGUGGAAAUGGGAAAUACCUGGGUGUCAACCCAGAGAUGAUUGCAGUUGGCUGUGACCGUAGCAGUGCUCUUAUCCAAAUCUGUGCAGAGAGGGGUUUCCAGGCAUUUGUAUCUGAUGCUCUCAGUGUCCCUCUGCGGACAGCCUCCUGUGAUGCCUGUAUCUCUAUAGCUGUCAUACACCACUUUUCCACACAGGAGCGUCGGCUGGCUGCAGUGAGGGAGCUGGUGAGACUUUUGAAGCCUGGAGGUCAAGCGCUCAUCUAUGUUUGGGCUUUUGAACAAGAGUACAACAAGCAGAGGUCCAAGUACCUCAAAGACCAGAAAGACCAGCAUCCAGAGAACCACAGCCCCACUAACAAUACAUCAGAUGACAGCCAGGAACCUCACAAGAAAUCCAGUAUCCAUACCAGCAGGCAUUUAGAAAACAGCCACAGGCCUGUAAACAACAUGCAAGAUGUUAGCAAAGUGACUGAUGGCAAACUUGGUGUGCACACCAACCGCACAUCCUUCACCACCCAGGACCUUUUGGUUCCCUGGCACCUGAAAGAGGGGAAUAGACGAGGGGAGAAGGAACCAGGAGAGGGUGUGAAAAAGGAUAAAAGGAAAGAGAAUUCCAAAAAGACUUCAGAAAACUACUGCUCAGCCUACAGUUUGACUUCUACAACUAGAUCAGACUGUAACCCUGAUCCGAGUCCAGGUUUGGAGCCUAAUAUGUCUGGAUCUGGUCAGGAUACCAGUAAUGUAACACACGGCCCCGAAUCUAAACCCAAUGCCAGUGGUGACAUUACUCAGACCUCCACUUCUACUCCAAAGUCAGAGUGUGAGAGCAUCCCGGUGCCUGUUUUUCACCGCUAUUACCACGUGUUCCAGCAGGGGGAGCUGGAGCAGCUGUGUGCUCAGGUGGCUGGAGUCAAAGUGCAGAGCAGCUACCAUGACCAGGGAAACUGGUGUGUUAUAUUAGAGAAGAACUUGAAGGAGGUGAACUGACUAUUGUAAUUCAGCUACAAAUACUUAUUAGAACAAGAGAGUGAAUGUAAUGUAAACAAAGAUGAAAUUUUGUUUAAAUGCAGAUCAGAGAAGUGUCGUUAAUUAAAUGGAAAGGUUUCACAAAAUGUCUGAUUUUGUUUUGCUCACUUCUUGCAUCAUUUCUUGACAUAUUACAGGGUUAAAGUUAAAGGGUUACGUUUAAAAGCCAACUAUCAUCAAAUGUCAGCUCUGGCAUCUUUUUCUCAUCUUAAUUAUUUUGGUGUAUGGAUUGGGUGGGUGCUAGAAAGGUUUGUCAGCUAUGUAGCCUAAGCAGUGCUGCUGCACUAAAAUCCCACCACUUUCGAUGAAAAUAGCUACAGCCAACUAAACCAAACCUGGAGGUAGUUUGAGGAUGUUUGUUAUAAGCAUACUGUGACUGGUCUGGUUCAAACAAGGCUCUGCACCAUUCUGCACCAUUCUGCACAGUGCUUAGACUGCACGUCACCAAAAAUAAUGUUUAUCUCACUUUGUUUCUACCCCGUCUUUGACCUCAGUGUCUGCUCUGAAUUCACUGAGGUGUAACUAAACGACCUUUUCAAGUUAAAGGGACAGAGUGCAGCCUGGUGUUUAAGGCUGAGUGGGAUUUGCUCACAUUCGAGAUGCAGAAUUAUUAUAUUAGUAUUAUUUUCUCCUUUUAUAAAUGUGUCUGACAGAGGGAACCCCUAAUGGUGACAGAUUGUUAUACUUUUUUUCAUACACUCGAUUGAAAACAGUAAAAAGACAAUAUAUUUAAUGUUUUACCUCAUCAGCUUUAUUGAUUUUU